AUGCGCCCAUCCGCCCAUGCGCCCAUCCGCCCAUGCGCCCAUCCGCCCAUGCGCCCAUGCGCCCAUGCCCCAUCCGCCCAUCUGUCAAUGCGCCAUCCGCCCAUCCCCCCGUCCGCCCAUCUUUCCCCCCGCCCUCCCUGGCAGGUGAAGAUAGACACGGAGAAGUACCCGGCUCUUGCAUCACAGUACAGCAUCACAGCGCUGCCAGUGAAAAUAGACACGGAGAAGUACCCGGCGCUCGCAUCACAGUACAGCAUCACGGCGCUGCCCACCAUCGUGCUCUUCAGACACGGCCACCCCAUCGACCGCAUCGUGAGUCGCCAGCGGGUGGUUGUUGGUGGGGCGUUGGGGAUGUGGUUGGAGAUGGGGUGGGGGGGAGUGGUACGUGGGGGAAUGCGAUGGAAAGAGGGGAGGAGUGCUGUAUCACAGUACGGCAUCACAGCUCUGCCCACCAUCGUGCUCUUCAGACACGGCCACCCCGUCGAGCGCAUCGAAGGGUGGGGGGUGAAAAGGGUGGAGUGGGGGUUGCGACGGGAGUUCCUCUCGUCCCUUCCCUCUUGUCCCUUCCCUCUCACCCCCUCCCUUUCCUCCCUUCCCUCCCCUCCCUUCCCACUCCUCCCUCCCCUCUCCUCCCUUCCCACUCCUCCCUCCCCUCUCCUCCCUCCCUUCUCCCCCCUCCCCUCUCUUCCCUCCCCUCUCCUCCCUCCCCUCUCGCCCCUACCUGCUGAACCAUCCAUGCCAUCCGCAACUCCCCUCUCCGCCCAUUCUCCCCCCCAUCACUCCCCCAGGAGGGCAUUCUUCCCCCUGAGGAGCUCAUUCUGCGCCUCGGCUCUCUCCUCGCCCCCUCCCACACACGCUAGCCUGGUCACACACAGACGCCCCCUCCCACACACGCUAGCCUGCAGCUUGCAUGCCAGCCACAGGGAAGCGGCCAGGAGAACGCGGAUAGAGGAGAGCGCGGGGGCGGCGGCGUGGGGGGAGUAUGGGGGAGGGGAGAGCCUGUGGGCGGUGAUUAACCGCAUGAAGAGAUGCAGGGUGAGGCUUUGUAUUGAUCUGUCAGUUGCAAUGGCGGCUGCAGAGGUGGUGGGAGCAGCCGGGUCGGUUGGUGGUGCUGCUGGUGCCGUUGCGGCUGGUAACAGGGGCGUGGGCGUGGGAUUACUGGAACUACCCUCUGGGAGAGCUGCCAUCCAGCAGUACAACACGCGCCUCAGCCUCUGCGAGUUCCCUUCCGCAAUACCCGCCGCCGCUUUUCCCGCUGAUGCCCCCGCGUUGGCCUGUGCAUAG